UUCAUCCUGAAAUUUUGUGGAUAUAGCGCGCGAUACUUAGCUACGUCGUGUAAGUUGUGUUACAUUUCGAUAUUUGCCAAAGUGUGGUGAUUAUUCGUUAUAAUUGUACGAUCGAACGCACGGAAAAAAUUUCCGUGCUAGAGGUCUAUUGAUAUUUAAAAGAAUACUGAAAUCAAAACAUUUAUCAAGAUGACGAUCAUCACAAAGGCCAUUACUGAGAAGAAGGAACAACCGUUGUUUAUUGCGGAGAAUUCAGCGGAAAAUGGUAAACGGGAUGCGGAGGCACAAUGCUUGAAGUCCGAUGUGGGAGGUCAUUAUUUUGUUUCUCGGAGAAGCAUUUAUCGCAUUCAUGUGACCGCAACAUUUUUACUGUUUAUCGUUGCAUUUAUGAUUCUGCUAAUUGGAGUCAUGGGUGGAUUAUACAUAUACAGACAAUAUUCUAGAACACAAAUGCACAGAUUUAAAACUGGAUGGUACAGCAUUCCUUAUGACAAAUCAAGCAAAACACCUUAUAUCAAAGAUGUACUGCACGAAGGCUUGGUAGCAGAUUCUAAUAUAAUUAUACAAGGUUUGAGAAGAGCUACAAAACAAGAAGUUAUGGAUAUUAUACAAAAUAUUGACCCUGAUUUGAUUGCAAAAGGUGUGAAAAAAAUUACAGAGCAGGAAGCUGCGGAUAUUAUCAAAAAUAUAAGUAACAUAAGAAGCUUCUUCAAGGAACGAUUUGAGAUCGAUUUGGAAAAUGAGCACUAUGAGAAAAUUGAUGUGCCAGAUUUCCGUGGCGGGCGUCAAGGUCGAUUUGUACAUGAUUUUAACAUUAAUAAAACUGGCAUAAUUGAUAUUGAUGGGCAAUGUUGCUUUGUGAUGCCACUUGAUCGUCAAGCAGUUUUACCACCGCGCAAUAUGUAUGAUCUUCUCAGAAAAAUGUAUAAUGGUUAUUACGAAGUAGACACAGAAAUUGUGCGUAAAACAAUGAAAGUGGUCACUCCACCAAUCUCUGAUUUAUCAGUUGUUGGGACAUAUAUAGCUCGUGAAUGUCAGGAUUUACCAACAUAUAUGUUGACAAAAGUAAAUUCAAAUGUUGUUAAACGUAGUAUAUCAAACGGAGUAUUUGGACAAUUUGCAGGAAAAAAUAUCAUAGAAUUUGACAUUUUGAACUUAGAAGAUAUAAAUGCAUAUAACAAGAAAAGUCCACAAAAUUGAACAGAAGGAAUUUAUAAUUAUUUUAGAAUAUUUACCGUUGUAGAUCAAUGUAAAAAUUAUAUCCAAUCCAGCAAACUUAGGACGUUCAUUAAGUCUUCCCAUCAUUUCCUAUCUUAGCUCCAAAUCAGUAAUGCUAUAAUAAAAAUAAGAUAUGUUAGUUAUUGUACAUCUGUUUAACAUUUUACGAGAGUUUAAUUCAGUAGCAUGCUGAUUAUAAAUGGCUGAUGCGGUUGCAGAACUAUUGCAUUUUUACAUAAACGUGUGUCAAGUACAUAUCCAACUUAAGUAACAGUGAAAUGUCAGUGGUGCUUAUUUAUAAGGUAGAACUACAUUUAUUUACUUUUUAUGCUUAAAUUCUCUGUCGAACGGUUCUAGUAAAAUGAUAGAGAUAAUUCAUAUUAAAAUUGUUGUACACUUAAUACAUAGUCAUACAAUCGAAUGACUAAUAAUUGUACAAACUAGCACGUUAUUUUAUAAAUCGUAUACUAAUUCUAUAAAUCACGGAUUUAAAUGUUUUUAUGAAAAAUAAUUUACACUUUCACCCGUUUAUGAACAGUUGUAGUUUAAGAACUAAUUAAAAUACGUUUAAACGAUA